AUGGCCGACCCGGAAACCGACGAGGUCUUCGCCAGAAUCUGGCUUCUCCCUUCCGAGAGCAGCGAGCUUUUUGCUCAAGACCGGGGCUAUGUGGACUCUGAUGGGUCUGACAAUCUGGAAAAGCCUUCUUCUUUAGCUAAAACUCUGACCCAGUCCGACGCCAACAAUGGCGGCAGCUUCUCCGUCCCGAGGUACUGCGUUGAGAUCAUUUUCUUGAGGCUCGACUACUCCGCUGACCCGCCGGUGCAGACGGUGGUCACCAAGGGCGUCCACGGCGAGGUGUGGAAGUUUCAGCACAUUUACCUAGGCAUCCCUCGCAGGCAUUUGCUGAUGACUGAGUGGAGCAUGUUCGUGAACCAGAAGAAGCUCGUUGUCGGUGACUCGAUUGUGUUCCUGCGAGUCAAAAAUGGCGACCUCUGCGUCUGGAUUUGGCGGGCCAAGCGGGGAUCGCCGGAUGGGUGGUCGGAAUCAGGGUGGAACCACGGUGGUUCUAGAUGA